UAACUAUGUUCUUGCUCUUCUUACUGACAGCUUCCUUUACAGAGGUUCUGUUAUAAAUAUAGCUUCAUUUUUAACCAAUAAGUGUUAGCCAUGUCAAAUAGAGAAAAGUUGGACUUUGAACGAGGCUACUUAUUGUGUGUGUUGUGCAGGUCUCUCUGGAAUAUGCGUAACUACAUGCACAUCAACUUGUGUGUGAGUCUAAUUCUGGCACAGCUGAUGUUUGUGAGUGGGGUAACCCCUCACGGGGGAGGGGGUGUGGUGGAUCCUGGUUGUCGGACGGUAGCAGUUCUCAUGCACUACUUGUUCCUGGUGUCCUUCAUGUGGAUGCUCAUGGAGGGGGUGGUCUUGUAUUUGGCCCUCGUCAAAGUCUUUGUCAAAAAUCAGAAAAAAUACAUAAUCGGCUUCACAAUUUUCGGUUAUGGUGCCCCUCUGCUGUACAUGGGUCUCUGUGUUCCCCUGGGCUUUACUCUAUACCCUGAGGCAGACUAUGGCUAUGGCUAUGUACAAGUCAGUAACAGCACUCAGGACAAUGAGACCACCACCCAACAGACCGCUGUCUGCUGGUUGAACCCUCAUGGCUACUUCAUACAGACGUUCAUUGUACCAGUUGUGUUGGUCAUUUUGGCAAAUAUUGGCUUCUUCAUCAUGGCACUAGUGAUUAUGAACAGACAUGCAAAGAAGCAGACGCACAAGAAUAGAAUACAGAGAACAAAAUAUUGGUUAAAGUCUUCAGUUUCCUUGGUAACCAUCAUGGGUUUGACAUGGAUCAUUGGUCUUCUGGUGUUCGAGGUACCUGCUCUUUUCCUGCUGGCGUACAUCUUCACGAUCUUUUUUGCCUUCCAAGGAGUGGCCAUCUUCGUUAUAUUUGUGCCCCUCUCCAAGCAAGUGAGAGAGGCCUACUCAAAAUGGUGGAGGGUUAAAGUGGCAGAGUCUGAAAUUCUCAGCAGUUACUUUAGUGACUUGUCAUUCAGAAACAACAGCAGUUCAGUAAACAAUGGUAAGACCCCCUCUAAAAAUCAGCGUAGCUCAUCAAAUAUUUAUGAGCUGGAGUCCAAUAUACCAAAAGUGGCUUUUGAGUUGAGUGUGUCACUGGAUACAGAAGGGACCAAGACUCCUGACAUUACUGCUCCUGACUAUGGGUUCACUUUCAACAUCACUAUGAUAUACCCUCAGGGCAAAUCAGAUCGAGAUGUCUGCAUUGGGAGCAGUGGAGUGCAGGAUUGAUGACAUUACUGGAAAUGUAAUAACUGUCUACCUUGCUGAACAUUGUAUAAUUAUAAGGUGUGUCUCGUAUCAUUUUUUGUUGUCAGUAAACUCUAUAAUAGUUAAGAAGUUAUGUAUAGAAGUCAUGUGUAUACAGAUUAAACAAUAUUGUAUAAUUAUAACAACAUC